CCCAUCUUUUUCCUCCAAAUUAAACCACCUCUCCACCAUUCUCCAAACAAAUCCACUCAACUCUCCUCUGUUGCAAUGGCUGCUCGGCCACCCAACUUCUUCAAUGGUACUCAAAAUAGACCACCACUAAGACCUAUUCACACAAGCUACGUCCCCUCAUUCCUACGCAAGCUGCUACAACCUCAUGUCCCUAAUUCCACUCAACUCAUGGGGUUCUUAACCCUUGUUAUCUCUGGAGGAAUCUUGCUUCUCCUCACUGGCCUCACUCUCACGGCUAUAAUACUUGGCUUAAUUUUUUUGACCCCUUUGAUCAUCAUAUCUAGUCCUCUAUGGGUCCCUAUUGGUAUCCUUCUCUUCAUUGGCAUUGCUGGAUUUUUAUCCGUGUGUGGAUUCGGCGCGUCGGCAUUUGCUGCUAUAAAUUGGGUGCAGAGGUACUUCAGGAGAAGCAGGAAUAUGGUAGAUGAUGAUACUGAUAGCCAUGUGAAAGAUUACGCUAGAGAAUAUGGUGGUUACCUUCAUGGUAAAAUGAAGGAUACAGCUCCUGGUGCUUAAUUGAUACCUUAGUUUUUUUUGCUAAGGUAAAAUGCGUAAAGGAUUACGUAAUCGAACCCUCACCUCUAUAAGGAAAAAAAUUCAAACCUGUGUUAAACUGUCGCAUUCACUUUUUUUUCUUUUUUGUGCUUUUCACAUGCACCUGUUUGUUUAAUUGGAGUGUAACAUUGCCCUUUUUUUGUCGAUCAAAUAUAUUUGUAACGUUCUUGUUUU